AUGUCAGAAACACAAUCGUCACACACGCGUUCCAGUAUCCAUCAGUACUUACUACGCAUAGAGAACUUGGAACCCUUAGUCUCUGCUGCUAGUCAGCUUCUAAAAGAAACGGAUACGAACCAAAGGAGGCUUGCGAAAAUAUGCCACGAUAUAGAUGUUGACUUCAAAUUUCCUACUGAUGUAUCAGUCUCAAAUCCACAAUCUGCAUUGUCACAUGUGUCGAAGGAAACAGGUGUGGCUGCAUUGACCUAUUUGAUAGAGCAAAAAUAUGGCUACAAGCCUGGUACUGAUUUGUCUUCUUGCACACAGACAGUCGAAAGUGAGAUUGAGGAACUCAAAAGACAAAAUACGUUCUUGAGAGAUCUAAUGAAGUCGAAAGCUUCAAAGAAUAUACAGUUACAUCAGAUAAUAGAGGAUUACGAGAGUGCAAUAUUCACUGAGAUUCUACCGGAACUAAGAAAAAGGCUUCAAUCUGAAAAGGUCAACGAUGAAGUGAACGAGCUCUUGGAGGAGAAGCUACUGCGAGAGUCCGAAGUGUACCAAGCAUUUCUGCAUAAGAAGGAAAUGAGUCGAGGUGAGUUGAACAAGUGA